GAAGUUUCUGCGUUUUUAGUGUUUAAAUGUUUGUGAACCUCUUCUAAAUUUAAGCCUCUUAAAAUCUUCCUGCUUUCUCUCUUCGAAGAAUGCUGCUCCGGCGAUGGCGCUUGCUCGUCGCUGUGGCAACUCUCGCGAUUGGAAUGGUGAUAUGGACCUCGACACUGUCUCCAAAGAGGCCACUCGUCAUGCUCAAGAGCAUCAAGAUCAACUACUGGAAUGUUUCCAUGGGCCACGACUCGCGAGGGCUGCCAACCAGCCUCCUCGCCUCCAAAUCCACAGUGGUGCUCAAGAUCACAAAUGGCGACGAUUUCUGGGGCUACAGCAUCAAAGGCCUCAUGACAAUGAACAUCUUUCUCCGCGAGAUCUCCUCCACAACCAUCGGUCAAUUCUACGAGCCGCGCAAGACCACCACCGAAGUGACCGUGGAGCUGCGAUCGAGCUCCACCCCACUCUAUGGAGCGUCGCCCAGCGUCGCUUACGGCGAUGGCGAUGAAUUCUACAUCUUCUUCGAGGCGGCAUUGCAAACCGAGGCUGGAUUCUUGCCCUUCAUGUACAAGUACACAUUCACGGACAUUGUCACUUGUACGCUCACUGGCACAAGCGCCGGCCCUAAUCGCAACCUCGCCAUCGUUUCCACUGGCCAUUCUUGCCCACGCCUGGACGAAUAGAAGAGAGUUUUACCUUCUAGCAAGAGCUUGUCUGUCCUGCCAAAUAUUAUAGGGCUUUGUGGCAAGUGCGCGAAUCGAUCGCGAUCGAUAGGUUUGCUUGAUUGAUGCGAGCAUUGGAUCGGAGCGAGCAUGGAGUCGAGCGAUCUCCGCCAGCGCCUCCUUCCAGGCGAUGAGGUACGGCGCAAGAAUCUCAAUCACAGCGCAGGGGAAUCGAUCACGCCGUAUGCCUCGGCCGGAUUGGCGAGCCGGGCUUUCUUCCUGUGGCUCAAUCCCGUGCUGGCGCUGGGCUACAAGGCGCCGCUGGAGCCGGCCGACAUUCCAGCGCUCGCGCCGGAGGAUGGAUCGCGGGAGGCGUGCAAUCAGCUCUCCAGGGCGUGGGAUUUCGAGCGGCGGCGGCGAGGGAUCGACGGCGCGUCGCUCUCCAGCGCGCUUGCGCGGUGCUACUGGAAGGAGAUGGCGGCGGCCGGGGUCUUCGCCUUUCUCAAGUCGGUGACGCUCUCGGUCGGGCCGCUGGUUCUCAACUCCUUCAUCGCUUUCGCCAAUGGGAGAGUCCUCUUCAAAGGCGAAGGCUACGUCCUGGUGGCGGCCUUGUUCCUCGCCAAGAUGGUCGAGUCCAUCUCCCAGCGGCACUGGUACUUUGCGAGCCGGCGAGUGGGGAUGCGAGCUCGCGCCGCGCUGAUUGGAGCCAUCUACGAGAAGGAGCUCAAGCUCUCCAACCUGGGAAGACAGUCCCACGCCGCUGGAGAGAUCGUCAACUACAUGGCGGUGGACGCCUACCGCGUCGGCGAGUUCCCUUACUGGUUCCAUAUGGCCUGGACGGUUCCACUGCAGAUCUUCAUCGCCAUGGGGAUCAUCUAUUUCUCGGUGGGACUGGCUACGUUCGCGGGGCUGGCAGUCAUCUUUCUUACGAUGUUCUUGAACGGGCCGGUGGUGAGGAUACAGCAAAAGUGUCAGGCCAUGCUCAUGGCUGCGCAAGACGAGCGGCUGCGAGCAACGUCGGAGGCUCUCAGGAACAUGAAGAUUCUCAAGCUGCAAGCUUGGGAGGACAAGUUCAUGGCCGCGAUCCAGAACCUCCGAGACGCUGAGUUCCAGUGGAUACGAGGAGUGCAGUACCGGAGGACUCUAAACUCCAUAUUCUUCUGGGUGUCGCCGAUCCUGGUCACGACUUCCACCUUCGUGGCGGCGUACUUACUCGGGAUUCCUCUGUCUGCCAGCAAUGUGUUCACGGCUCUCGCGACGCUGCGGAUUAUCCAGGAGAGCAUACGCCUCGUUCCGGACGUGAUCUCCGCCUUUGUCAACGUGAGGGUGUCACUAGCUCGCAUUUCUCGCUUUCUUGGCGAGGACGAGCUAGACCCCAGCAUAGUCUCGAGAUCGUCCUCCCGUGACAACGAGGUUGCAGUUCGCAUUGAACACGCGGAUUUCGACUGGGACAGUGAUGAGCUUAUUCCCACUCUCAAGGACAUUACCUUGACUGUCAAGCGUGGAGAGAAGCUGGCGGUUUGCGGAGAAGUUGGAUCCGGGAAGUCUACUCUUUUGCAUGCAAUUCUUGGGGAACUUCCCAAGCUUCGUGGAACGAUUCACGUGUCUGGAAGUGUUGCUUAUGUCGCUCAGUCAGCGUGGAUCCAGAGCGGAACGAUUCGAGACAAUAUACUCUUUGGUCUUCCACUUGAAAACGACCGGUAUAUCAUGACGCUCAGAGCUUGCGCUCUAGAUAAGGAUCUCGAGAACUUACAGUUUGGGGACCUCACGGAGAUUGGCGAGAGGGGCUUGAACGUGAGCGGAGGCCAAAAGCAACGGAUACAGCUUGCUCGCGCUAUUUACCAGGAUGCGGAUGUUUACCUCUUGGACGAUCCCUUCAGUGCAGUGGACGCUCAGACAGGAGCUCUACUUCUUAAGAACUGCAUAUUAGGGGCUUUGUCGGCAAAGACAAUCAUCCUUGUCACCCACCAAGUCGACUUUCUGCCAAUAUUUGAUUCCAUUUUGUUGCUGCACGACGGCGAGAUACACAGCUUCGGAAAGUAUGAAGAUUUAUUAAAAGAAAGCGAGCUCUUCCAAGACCUUGUUGGUGCCCACAAGGAUGUCAUGGGAACUCGAGCCCAGGGGCCCGAGAAACGGGUGCUGGACAGAAGGCUGAGCAGCAAAAAUUCUCAAAAGAGGAAACACGACCAAGAACAAGUGGCAGACAGAAUAAAAGGCGACCAACUGAUCAAACUGGAAGAAGUUGAGCGUGGAGACACUGGAAUGAGGCCGUAUAUCUAUUAUCUCGGCCAGGCCAACGGGUUUUUGUACAUCGGGUUGGCGGUGCUAGUUUAUCUCGUCUUCACUGGGGGGCAGCUUUCGUCAAACUGGUGGAUGGCAUCACAUGUUGGAAAUCCAAACGUCUCAGCUGGUCGAUUGGUCGGAAUAUAUGCAGCCAUUGGACUCAGCACAGUGCCGUUUGUCAACCUGAGAUCUCUUUUUACUGUCACCAUGGGACUAGAGGCUUCAAAAUCCUUCUUCUCGGAGCUCACAGCCUCCCUGUUUCGCGCUCCAAUGUCGUUCUUCGAUAGCACUCCAACGGGGCGAAUACUCAGCCGGCUAUCUGUGGAUUUGAGUAUUCUCGAUGUCGACAUUCCUUUCAGCAUGCAGAUUGCUAUGUCUGCAACUCUAAAUGCCUAUAGCAGCCUGGCGGUCACAGCAGCGGUCACUUGGCAGAUUUUGAUCGUGGUCAUCCCCGUAAUAUAUAUCAGCAGGAGACUCCAGCUCUACUACUUGGCUUCGGCUAGAGACUUGAUGAGAAUUCACGGUACAACGAAAUCGCCACUAGCCAGCUACUUGCAAGAGACUAUCGCAGGUGCUUCGACGAUACGAUCUUAUUGUAAGGAAAAGCUUUUUAUGGAGAAGAUGCUACAACUUGUGGAUGACAAUUCAGGACCUGCAUUCUAUAGCAACGCAGCCAAUGAAUGGCUGAUCCAGCGCCUAGAGACACUCUGGUCAUUAAUCGUGUGCUGCUCGGCUCUUGUAAUGGUGAUACUUCCCUCUGGUCAAAUUUCAGCAGGUAUAGUUUUGCCAUUUCUGGAGGACUACCUGCUAAUAGCAAUUUUUGUAACAGGAUUUGCUGGUCUGGCGAUUUCAUAUGGUCUGUCCUUGAACGUUGCACAGGUGAUAAGUGUGCAAAAUCAGUGUAAUCUGGCCAAUUUUAUCGUAUCUGUGGAGCGUAUCAAGCAGUACCUGCAUCUUCCACGUGAAGAACCUCAGACAAACAUUCUAAAUGAGCCUCCUGCGAGCUGGCCAGACUGCGGUAAAAUUGAGCUUCAAAAUCUUCAGAUUAGAUAUGUGCCAGGAUCUCCACUAGUUCUAAAAGGGAUUUCCUGCACAUUUGAGGGUGGUCAAAGGGUCGGCAUUGUCGGGCGAACAGGGAGUGGCAAAACCACUCUAAUCAGCGCUUUGUUUCGUCUAGUUGAACCAGCAGGAGGGACAAUAGUUAUCGAUGGUGUUGACAUAACCAAAGUUCCACUUAAAGUUCUUCGUUCCAGGCUCAGUAUAAUCCCUCAAGAGCCAACAUUAUUUCGUGGUACAGUCCGUUUUAAUGUGGAUCCAUUGGAGGAGCAUCCGGACACCUUGAUUUGGGAGGUGCUUGAAAAAUGCCACCUUCGCGAGAGCAUAAAAGAGAAGCCAGGAAAGCUCAGCUCAUUGGUUGGAGACGAUGGUGAAAACUGGAGCGUCGGGCAGCGCCAAUUGUUCUGUUUAGCUCGAGCGCUACUUAAAAAGAGCCGCAUCCUCGUCUUGGAUGAAGCGACAGCUUCCAUUGACAACGCUACCGAUGCCAUCCUUCAAAAACUUCUAAGAGAGGAGUUUUCGGAUUGCACCGUCAUAACUGUAGCUCACAGGAUUCCCACGGUCAUUGACAGUGACAUGGUCUUGGCUCUGAGAGAUGGUAUUGUAGCUGAGUUCGACGUGCCGGAGAAGCUCCUGAAUGAUCGAACCUCGCUCUUUGCAAAGCUUGUGGCCGAGUACUGGUCUAGCGCUCAGCAAAAUCACUAAGGUUGAUCAAUUAUGAGAAUAAGAUGCACUGUUACUAAGGGUA